AUGGCCGCACACCACGACCGACGGGCCACGACUCCACUAUUUGUGUCCGGCGAAUUAGCCCUGGUGAAGCCAGCGCCGAAGCGGUUAGGGAAUCAGGUGCCGUAUGGCUACGGCGCCUACCAAAUGCUACACGUAUUCGGCGCAGUCAUCGUAGUCUACAGCUACGGGCUGCACUACGAGAGCUUCAGGCUAACAGCUGGCGUAAUGGAUCACUGGUGCAGGCGGCCCGAUUCCAUGAAGAACCUCAGCGUGGACGAGUGGAAACAGCUGGCCAUACCGGUGGACGAGCGAGGCGAGCACAGCCACUGUACAAUGCGCGACCCCCCGGACGGUGGCCAUGCGGCUCGCAUCGUGCCUUGCGCAUCGUGGGAGUUCGACCUCGACCAAUACGGCAACAACAUCGUCAGCCACUGGAACCUCGUGUGCGACAGGCGCUGGCUCAUCGACGUCGCGAGGCUCGUGUACGCGGCUGCCAGCAUAGCCACGCUGCCUGCAGUCGGAGCGCUCGCGGACAGCGUCGGCCGCAAGGCGGUACUCUUCUUCACCGUACCUGUAGUCCUCAUAUCGGGCGCCGCUAGUGCCAUGCCGAAUGACUUCCAGUUCUUCGUGGGUGUGCGUGCCGUCGUGUCAGCCUCCACGAGUGCCCUCGUGGUACCUGUGUACGGGAUGGUUUAUGAAUUGUCGCCGAGUGAAAAAAAUAUCGUGAUUAUAUAG